AUGCCUGUUUCACAUAUUAACAGCAGUGAGGCAAAACAGCAGAGUGAGGCAAAACAGCUUGCGUGUUCAGCUGGCAAAAGUGUCCUUCACCAGCCACCAAGACAAACUAUCAAGACUGAAUCAAGCGCGCGGUGGAUAUUACAGGUACGAAAAAAUACAACGUCAAAGUACAGUACAGUCGGAAAGCGUGCUGAAUUCCGAUGCCGUGUGGCGCAGUCCGACGGCUCACGACAGCUCCCAAGUCAACUGCGGCCAAGUUCUGGUCGCGGCUGUACCUAUGUCGGCUUCAACGAGCCAACCAUAGUGGGUUCGAGUCAAAGGCGGGUGACCAGACGUUGGUGUGCCGCACACCAAUCUCCUCAAGCGUUGCGAUCUUCCACCAAAAAGAUACGCUCGGGAGAUACGCGGUUGAUCAUCAACUUGAUGGUCAUCAGCGAACCACAAAUGGCUGGGGCCGAGGAGGACGACCGCGACGCAGUGCUGGCCUUCCUGUUGGGGUCGACGUCGGACCUGGGCGCUGCUGCCACAGUUAGACCCUGCUCUGCUGCUGCUGUGAACGGCCCUGCUGCCGUAGAGGACGAUCCGCCGGUGCUGGAGCCCGUGUCCGAUAGCGAAGAGGGUCCUGAGACCGACACCACGACGUCGGGUGUGGCCAGUGGCUCGGAGGCGGCCGCGUCUUGCGAUUCCGAGGGAGACCAGCAGGUGACGGCUAGCGAGGGGGGCUCCAGCGACGUAGAGGUGUGCGAGACAGAGGAAGAAAAGGAACCUGUGGACGCUGCAGGCGAGCCUGAAGGCACGAACGACUCGGAGGCUGAGCACGAAGACGACUGUACGGCUGUGACUGAUGUGGAGUCGGACGUGGAGGAGCAACAGGAAGAGCUCAAGGAGGUUGAAAAGCAGAAGAAAUUGGGAGAGCAGCGCGGCGCAGCUGAGGUAAAGGCGGUUGGAAUAACCAAGGCAAGGCGAGGCUCAGCAGGGAGUCGAGUCGCUGCAGCUGUGCCAAAAGUGGUGGCCAGCAAUGAUCUGUCCUCGAAGAAGGAAUCAAGUUUGAAGCAGGAUGGACGGAACGCGAGCGUGCCGACGCUGGAAGAGUUGCUGUUUGUGGGCUGCGUUACUACGGUGCUGGUGGCGUACCUCAUUGCGUGCGUGUACAGCUUCUUCCACCCAUUGGUGGUGCCUUUACCGGACUACGAAGGGCUGUACUCGGCAUACGACAUCUCGAAUGUGUCGGUGCAGAUACUGAACCCUUUGGACGACGCUCAGAUCACCCCACAAGGCCUUUGGUUUGAGUGGAAGCUCGCCAACUUCCCAGCAGAUGCAUUGCAGCAAUAUGGAGCGGAGGUGUUUCGGUAUCGAGUAUCUCUGGACGAUGAGGUGGUCAAGUCCGAGGUUGGGUUUCUAGCGCUGGAAGGCGGGGAAGAUGAGGAACAAAGUGGCAUCAAAAGUGUGAGUUCAUUCAACCGAACGGUGCGGUUCCCCAUUCCUCUGAGGAGAUUCACUCUGGACGACGUUACUGCGACGGAGCGUAAGCGAUUCAAGCUGCACCUCGAGGUGACUGUCCCGAUUCCCGGCUUGAUCGGAGAGUUGAAAACUUACGAGCAAGAUGUCUACGUUUGGAGACCAGCGACUCCUUCUCCUGAGGCUGGGGUACAGCUGACACUCACGUAUCCCGUGGAAGGUGCGAAGUUCGAGCAGGGUCAAUCAAUCGUGCUGGAGUACACUGCUGUGAAUGUAGACAUCAUGGAGGUGGCGAUGGACGAUAACAUCUUCGUGAAGAAGACGCACUUGAACGACGGCAACUUGUUGCUGCGAGGACUGGGGGUGGGACCUCACAAGUUCGAAGUCAGAGCUUUGGACAAGCAAGACGAGAUGAUAGCCUCAAGCGUAGUGAAUGUGGAAAUCGUCGAGCGCUCGAUGGUGUAG